GAACCUGGAGAAGGAGCCAAAAUCCCGGCCUCUAUCCUCUGCCGCAUCGCCGCCGUGAGGUUCCUCGCCGACCCGGAAACCGACGAGGUCUACACCAAGAUGAGCCUCGUCCCUCUCCCGCCAGACGAGGAGCUCGAUUUCGACGACGAAUUCGGCAGCGGAGUCCAAGAGAAGCCGGCUUCCUUCGCCAAGACCCUCACCCAAUCCGACGCCAACAACGGCGGCAGAUUCUCGGUGUCGCGUUACUGCGCCGAGACGAUUUUCCCCAGGCUGGAUUACACGACAGAUCCUCCAGUCCAGACGGUGGUAGCUAAGGACGUCCACAGUGAGGUUUGGAAGUUCAAACACAUCUACAGGGGAACUCCCAGGAGACAUCUGCUGACUAUUGGGUGGAGCACGUUUGUCAAUCAGAAGAAAUUGGUGGCCGGGGACUCAAUCGUGUUUCUCAGGGCGGAGAACGGCGAUCUCUUCGUCGGUAUCCGCCGCGCCAAGCGAGGGAUUGGCGGCGGCAGCGGGUCAGAAUGGUCCUCGUCUUCUUUCCCCCAAUCUGGUUGGGGCAUUAACGCAAACACUUGCGGGGCAACUGGAUGGCGAACCCGUACAACAAUUUUUCGGUGUUUCUGA